GUUUGUGUGUGGGACUACUUUUGUAUUAUGUGAAGUGACAUCAAAUAGCCUCACAGUGAAAUAUUCCCAUUUUGCUCAAAGUAAGAAACCCAAACACAGCAGCAUCUCUUCUUCUUUUGAUGAACUGUGACUCCUUCAUUGGCUGAGCGGACUCGAUGAUGAUUGGCCAAAAUAAUGAGUAAUUUCUUUCAGACGCGUGAGUGGGGUGGCUGGACCGGGCACGGGGCUCACGCAUCCACACAGAAUCAGACAUGGCUCGUCUCCUAACUCACAAUGGCUUCGUUUUUGCACUUUUGAUUUGCCACUGUCCUGUCGUGUGUGGUUUGUUUGAAUGGUUGAGAAGAGCUGAGUCUCCCCCAGCAUCGCAGCCUGCAGCCUCCUCAUCUGCUCAUGUCGCUCCUGAGCUUCUGGCCAAAGAUGCGCAGUUUGAAAUGGCUAUAGUAGAUGAAAAGUUUUUGGCAGAGGCUAAGCAAUUGCAACUGAGUCCAUUGGAUAGCUGCCAUCACAGGGUUGUUGCUCGUCUGAAGUCCAGCUGUGAAAGCCUGUCUGAAGAACAGCUGGCUAAACUUGGGGUAGUCCUAUUUAACUGUCAGGCAGAGAUUGAAGGUCGCAGGACUUACCCUUGUACAGAGGAGAUGACCAUAAAAGAAUGCACAGCGUCUAUGGACCCUGACACAUGGAAUGCUUACCAUAUUGUAAGCAACAGAGCCCGGUCUGUGUGCUAUGCCACUCGACAGAUGCUCUUCCGACGCAGGGCAGAACACACCGUGAACGCCCUCAUCACCACAGCAACCAGCCAACUCGAUGCAAUGAAAGAUCUGAAGGAGGGCCAGCUCGAGCUAAAGCAGAUGACUGCAGCAUCCUUGGACAAAGUUCUUGAAGGCCAUAGUGCUCUUCAGGCUCAGCAGACCAAACUUUAUGAAGAACAAGAACAAAUGGAGACAUCACUGAAAGACAACCUGGAGCGUCUGGGACAGGAAAAGGCCCUAAUUGCCUCAGGACAGGAGCUUGUAGCACAGCUCAUCCAAGGAAUCACACAGAGAAUGGAAAAUGUCAGUGAGCAUCUUCAGAUUCAAAGCUCUGAGGUGCAAGAUGGCCACCAUACUAUAGUGAAAGACCUUGCAGAUGUCAGGCAUCAAGCUCAGGACAUUUAUCAUAAAAUAGAUGCCAGUAUGGUGGAGUUUCUGCAGUAUCAGGAUAAAACCUCCCAGUACUACUCUGAUCUAAUGACUAAACUGGAGCGAAUGAACAGCACACUUGGCUUUGUUCUGCACUAUCUGGAUAACAUGCAGGGCAGGAUAGAGGGCCAGCUUCAACUGAUUCAAAGCUACCUUGGAUGGGCAGGAUUGAGUUUAACCGCCAUGUGGACAUGUAUGGCUCAUACUGGUUACUUUGUCCUUGGUGCGGUGCUGUUGACAUUUCUUCGUUGUCCUGGAUUCCCUCGAGCCAUGCUGUUACUUACUGUGCCCCUGAAUGCAAUCGCUGAAGUGAACCAGCAGCCAGCACUGGAUCUCUGUAGUCUCAGCCUUCUGCUUCUCACACUUUCUCUUGGUUACUGGUGUAUCGGACAACUGUGCUCUUGCUUCCAUAAAAACAGUAAACCAACUGCCCCUCUCCCACUGGGCCCAUGUGAAAAAGUUGAACCACAAAAGCCAGUCGCCUCUUCCCCUUCGUACCCACCCUCAUCUACACCUGAGAGAGAAGAAAAUGAUGAGUGCUCUGGGAAACAUGACUUGCUCAAUCAAGAUAGCUUCAUAUCAGGUGAUCUGGGCCUUUCAGUGGUGUCUCCCUCUCAGAGGAGGACACUGGCAGAAUCCCUCCAUAGUCAUUCAACUCCAAGGACCCUGGUGAAACCUGUUCUCUCAGUGGCACUCAUCGAUGAUGUUCCUCUGAGAAACUUUGGAAGUGUGUUUGAUGGGAAUGACUCUCACGAUUUGGGAAAUGACUCCAGAAGUGCGAGUCCCAACCCCUCGCUCAUCAGCAACAGUUCACUAUCUGGACGUCUCCUCUGCAGUGGCAUCACCAAAACAGGAAAAGCCUGUAAGAAGAGGGCUGUACCAGGACAUGAGUACUGUAGAGUUCAUGAGGGAGGACACUCCUCGUAUGUAAAUUAAGACUUAAAUGUCUUUGAGCAGCACUGAUGAACAUAAUAAUGUAUGUAAUCUAUUACAAUCACUAUUGUUUUAACUAUUUCCAUUUUUUUAUGCGUGUUUUGUUGUACAUUAUAUUUUAAUAAAUUAUUUGAGCCCUGAA